AUGCGCCUGGCCUACCGCACGCCGCUGCUGCACGUCGUGGGCGCCGCCUUCCUCCUGCCGCUCGUCGUCACCGUCGAGCUGGUGGUCACCAUGCGCACCGCCACGCCCGCCAAGAUCUUCAACGCCGUGUUCCGCCUCGUGGCCAACCUGUUCGUGCCCCUGUGCUUCACGGGCCAGUUCCUGGAGAACGCGAGCGGCAUGCUGGUGGGCCGGCUGUACGAGGGGCCGUGGCCCGAGGAGGACGUCAAGUCACGGCGCAUCCGGCAGCAGCUGAUGCACGCCGCGUCGGGCAGGGCGGGCAUCGUCAUCCUGGGCCUGGGCCGCCUCAACGCCGAGUCCUGCCUCGCCAUGCUGCGCCAGUGGUUCAGCGCCAUCAACGUGCUCACCAACGUGCAGAGCAACUAGUGGCAACUAGGCACGAUGAGCGUGAGGACGACCGACAUCAACUCCGUGGACAUGAGCAUGGCUCUCAAAAAUACGGAGAUGAUGGACUGG